AUGGAUGCAGAGAGAGCAUGCUCGCAGUCCUUUGGGGAGCCUUCCAAGUUUAAACAGAUUUGGAACACUGGUGAACACCUAUUGGGUCUGCUCCCACCGGUCAAGAUCUGGAGGAAGACCAGUGAAGAAAGACAGAAGAAGUUCAAGUUUGUCAUGGGCUUGUUUAUGAGUGCGUGCCUAAAUGUGGCAGACUUUGUCUCGGAUUGGUAUGUGGUGCUGCAGUAUGGCUGUGUCAUUCCCAGUGCCUUGAACACCAGCUGCAACCUCGAAUCAGGACGGAGCUGUGAAUCUCAUCCGUGGUGGUUUGCCUUCGGCGUGUUCAUGCUGAUUGGUUCCAAUUUGGUGCAAAGUGUCGGUUGGGCCGGGAUGGCUGUUGCAGGUGGGGACGGCUUCCUCUUAGAGCAUCACUACAUCCAUCAGAUUGACACAUGGAGCAGAUGGCUGCUGGCGGUGGUCAUAUGCUUCACCUUGGCAUUCUGCCAGCUGCACUACGUGGUGGAGCUGAUUCUGGCCUUCCACUUGGGUGACCCCAUGACUGGAGGAGGAUCUGGGGACUUUGGUGGAAUCCGUGGCAGGGCGCUCAUCUUCAGAGAGUUGGCCACGCAGAUUUUGGAAUCUGGACCCCAGCUGUACUUCCAGAGCUACGUGGUGUUUGCAGCAGGCUCGUCUGGUGACCUUGUGACGAUUCUCUCAGUUGGGAUCUCCAUCAUGGCCUUGUCCCACGGAAUCCUCAACUUCUGGUUGCUGUUCCCUACUCGAAAAGACGCCUUGAAGAAGCUCUCCUACCGCGUUGUGUCCUUCCUCUGGCUGAGCAGUGAUCAGGCAGUCAGGGCGGCGGGAUGUGCCUUGGCACUCUCAACACACAUACGGCCAUACGGUCCCGCACUGGUGGGGCUGGCUGCAGUGAUGACGAUGGGCGUGAUUGUUUGGACAAGGGCGAAAGACUACGGGACGAAGGACCAGCUUCUCCUGCAUGCCUUGUUCUUGGCCACAUACUUGCUUCCAGCUGUCAUCUGGAUCGACAGAGGUGAUCCACGUGACGGGUUGGCAGUGGAAAGGGCUUUGCUGGUUAGAUGGGUCGAGAUGGCUGGUGUGGCUCUUUUGUCUUAUUUGCUUGCAAAGACCAACUGUGGGCACACACCAGUGCAUGAAUCACUGGGUCUGUUUGGCCUUGUGAUCUUCAAUUUCGUUUGCUAUCAGGCCAUGCAAUACGUGGAAAUUGGAAAGUUCCAACCUUGCGGAUGCUUGCAGAGGGAGGGUGUUAGAGAGGAGCUUGAAUUGAAGAAGAACGUGGGACAGGAUGGAAGUGAAGAUGCUGCUUACCUUUCCUUGGACAGUGAGAGGCAAAGAGCAGAGGCUGAGAAAUAUAGUGGCAACACCGGUCCUACAUCAGUACAAUCUGAAGCGAGACGUAUGGACCCUUCGGGGGAUAGCCCUCGGAGGCAGAAAGUAACCAAGAAAGCGAAGAGGAGAAAGCCGAAGUCAACAGAGGUGGAAGUCACAAGGACUGAGAUUGAAGGUGGUGCGGUUGAUGAAGGCGAUGCAAGCGCUGAAGACAAAAUUUCAUUUGAUUUCACUGACACUGAGAAGCGUCAACCGACAGAGGUCCAUGAGGCAGAAGCAGCGCGUCCUGAUACGCCUAAUCCAAAAGCGAAGGAAAGCACAAAUGGCAUGCGGAAAGGCAAUGGUCAGAAAGGUGCAGCAGCACGUUCAACAUAUCUUGAUGCGACCAUCAUCGGUCACCGGGAAGAGGGUGACGAGGUUGCAGCAGGUGAUGGCAGAGCGGAUUGA